CGCCCACUCCCCCCCUCGGAAGCGGGGGCGUGGCUUAGUGGCCUGCACUUCCGGCGGAGCCCGGGGCCGCGGUGGUGGAGGUGACUCUCGGUGGUCCUGCUGGGCAGAGAUGUUCUACCACAUCUCCCUGGAGCACGAGAUCCUGCUGCACCCGCGCUACUUCGGCCCUAACCUGCUCAACACGGUCAAACAGAAGCUCUUCACCGAGGUCGAGGGCACCUGCACCGGCAAGUAUGGCUUUGUCAUUGCUGUCACCACCAUUGACAACAUUGGUGCGGGCGUGAUCCAGCCCGGCAGAGGCUUUGUGCUGUAUCCUGUGAAGUACAAGGCCAUCGUGUUCCGGCCGUUUAAAGGCGAGGUCGUGGAUGCGGUUGUCACUCAGGUGAACAAGGUUGGCCUCUUCACAGAGAUCGGCCCCAUGUCUUGCUUCAUCUCGCGACAUUCCAUCCCAUCAGAGAUGGAGUUUGAUCCGAACUCCAACCCCCCAUGUUACAAGACAAUGGAUGAGGACAUUGUGAUCCAACAGGACGAUGAGAUCCGCUUGAAGAUCGUGGGCACUCGUGUGGACAAGAAUGACAUUUUUGCUAUUGGCUCCCUGAUGGAUGAUUACCUGGGGCUGGUGAGCUGAACCCAGGAGCCUGCUGUCUUCCUUGGUCCCAGUUUGAAGACAUGUGACUCGUUGCAAGUCCCUCAUGCCCAGAGCCGUCUGGUGCUGUUGGAGAGGCAGGGAGGUUCCUUGUUCUCGGAAGACGUCUGGUGCCUCUUGUAGCUUAGCUGCUGCUCUGACUCAAUUGUGUCCUAACCAUAAAGAUGGCAUCUUCUCUUGGAAGUGUUAGCUUCUUUUCUUGAUACACACACAAAGUCUGUUUUUAAAAUGUUUCUUUUUGUUUUCUGUGAAAAAGUGACCCCACCAACACAGGGAGACCCAAAGGGAAUUCCUAGCUCCUUGGCUUCUGCCUGGCUUGGCCUUGCCUGUGGAUGGAAGGUCUUUGCUUGUUUCUCUCUCCCCUCUCUGUUACUCUGCCUUUCAAAUAAAUAAAUCUUUG